AUGCUUAUUAUUCUAUCUGUCUGGUUACGGGGUCCAGCGUGGAACGGAAUCGACAAACAAAAGACUACUGCUAAGGGUAAGGACACCACUGCCGCUGCCAAGGCCAAGAAAACCGCUGCAGUACUAUCGGCAACCGAGCGUUCUCAGUUGUAUGCAUCGGUGGUACAACUUUGCACCAUGGAGGAAGAGGAACGAGCCGUGACGAUGCUUCAUCCAGACUAUGCGUUUACUCGCUUUGGUGACGAACUCGAAAUCUCGGAAACUCAUAUUUCUUACUGCAGCGCACCCCCAAUUUGA